GACGCAUACUGGAAACAGCCGAAGAGAGAAGAGCUGGACCAGGGAGCUCUUAACAUAUCUAUUCAUUAGAUUAAUUGGAGUGAAAACUCGCAUUUUGAACCUCUGAAGUUUGUGAACCCAUGAAGUCUGAUUCUGUUGCCAUGACGUCUCUUGCUGGGGAGCGUAAGCAGGGGACGGUGGGCAUCUUUGGCACAGGAGACUUUGGACGCUCUCUGGGGCUUCGUCUGCUCCAGGCAGGAUAUGAGGUUGUGUUUGGGUCACGUGACCCCAAGAACUCGGCAUUGGUGGCCAAGGGUUCAAAGGUCAUGACCCACACAGAGGCAGCUCAGAUGGCUCAGGUGAUCUUUAUAGCCGUGCAGCGCGAUUACUAUGACUUCCUGACCUCGCUGACCCCUGCUCUGGAGGGCAAGGUGCUGGUGGACAUCAGCAACAACCUGAAGAGGGGCCAGUUCCCACAAUCCAACGCUGAGUACCUGAGCAGCCUGGUGCCGGGAGCGUCUGUGGUGAAAGGCUUCAACACAGUGUCAGCCUGGGCCCUGCAGUCAGGGGCGCUGGACGCCAGCCGACAGGUGUUGGUGUGCGGGGAUGACCCCAAAGCUAAGCAAGCAGUAGUGGACAUUGCCCACAGUCUGGGGCUAAGUGCCCAGGACAGGGGCUCCCUUGGUGCUGCUGGGGAGUUGGAGGACAUCCCCCUGCAGCUCUUCCCCAACUGGAGGCUCCCGCUCUUGAUCGCCACGGGGCUCACCGCCUUCUUCUUCUUCUACCUGCUCAUCCGCGACGUCUUCUACUCUUACGUCGUGGAUGGAAAAGACCGCUCCUUCCGGAUCAUGAUCUCACUGGCCAACAAAGUGUUCCCCAUCGUCUCGCUGACCAUGCUGGCUCUGUGCUACCUGCCCAGCGUUCUGGCGGCUAUCUUGCAGCUGUACAACGGCACCAAGUACAAGCGCUUCCCUGAUUGGCUUGAUCGCUGGAUGCUGUGCAGGAAGCAGCUGGGAUUGGUGGCUUUGGCUCUGGCCUUCCUGCAUGUGAUCUAUACCUUAGUCAUUCCUAUCAGAUACUACGUCAAGUACAAGAUAGCUGCUAGCACCAUCUCACAGAGCAAAGACAAUGUAACAAAACCGUUUGACAACACAAUGGCCUGGCGGGAAGACUCCUACUACUCUCUUGGAAUUCUGGGAUUUGGCCUUUAUGUGUUGCUGGGAAUCACCUCUCUGCCCUCUGUUAGCAAUGCACUUAACUGGAGGGAGUUCCGCUUUGUACAGUCUAAACUAGGUCAUGUGACUCUGCUGUUUUGCACCGCCCACGCUCUACUAUACGGCUGGGAUAAAUUCCUCCGGCCGUACAAGUGGUGCAUGCCACCUGGCUACAUGUUGUCCCUGGUGGUCCCCUGUGUGGUGCUGGUCUCCAAGUUGAUCCUGAUCAUGCCAUGUGUCGACUGCGCCAUCACCCGGAUUCGCCAGGGAUGGGAAAGACCAACCAAAGGCACUGCACUGAGCAAAGGCACUACUCAACAACGCCUUAUGGCAUAGAUUAGAGUUUAUGAAAACAUCUAUAUAUUUUUGUAUUUGAUAAGUUUUAGAGUAUAUAAUCUGAUUUUGAUACAGCAAAAUGAUAACAAAGUGUCUAAGUAUACAAAGUUUGUACUUUGUUCAACUGUUUUAUGUAGGAAAUGCUGAUGAUAUUGAUUUUACAGUAGUCAUAUAUUGUGUGUAUUUAGAUUUAUGUGCAUUUUGUGUAGGAUGGUUGAUUAAAUAUCAGAUAUAUCGAA